CGCCGCCGCCACUCCCCACCUCGCCGUCCUCCUCGAUGAUCCCCCGCCUAUUUAUACUCGUCUCGUCACCCGCAUCAUCAUCAGCAGCAGAAAGAGUGAUCUAGCAUUCUAGCUUUGCUCGCCUGAGUUCUUUGCUUGUCCUCACUAGCGGUGUUUGACAGUUUGAGUUGUUAGCAAUGGCGGCCGCUACCAUGGCGCUGAGCAGCUCCUUCGCCGCCGUCGCAGCCGCCGCUGGUGGCGCGCCAUGGCGCGCCGCGGUACGCUUCCCGCCUCGCCGGCGUGUUGCGCUCGUCGUCAGGGCCCAGGCCGAGCCGGAGGUGGAGCCGACGAAGGAGGAGACGGCUACGUCGUCGUCACCGACUCCGAGCCCCGCGGCGGCGGCGCCCAGGGCGAAGCCGGCGGCGAGCACGGGGCUGUGGGACGUGCUGGCGUUCAGCGGGCCGGCGCCGGAGCGGAUCAACGGGCGGCUGGCGAUGGUGGGGUUCGUGUCGGCGCUCGCCGUGGAGGCGUCGCGGGGCGGCGGGCUCCUGGAGCAGGCCGGCAGCGGGGACGGGCUCGCGUGGUUCGCCGCCACCGCCACCGUGCUCUCCGCGGCGUCGCUGGUGCCGCUGCUCCGCGGCGAGAGCGCGGAGGCGAGGAGCGGCGGCGUGAUGAGCGCCGACGCCGAGCUCUGGAACGGCCGCUUCGCCAUGCUCGGCCUCGUCGCCCUCGCCUUCACCGAGUUCCUCACCGGCUCGCCCUUCGUCAACGUCUAAUUAAUCAAUUCAAUUAAAUUAAUUAAGCUGUGUACAAGUACAGUAUGUAUAUACUGGGUAGCUAGCUAGGGUUGUGUUUGUGUGUGUAUACAUUGUAGCAAGUAGCAAGCUUAUAGUGCUUGGUGUACUACCUUGGAAUUUGAGAAGGGAUUAAAAUUUUAGAACUCUUACAAAAAUUGGUGAGAAA